CAGCACCAGAGACGCAGGUCGCUGACAAUUUCCACGUCUCCCUCGACGUAGCUCUUUCACUGCCAAGGGGACGCACGUGACCCGCCAACACGUAAACGUGUGGUACAAAACUUCGUGAUUCGUUCCGAGGCCAACUCGCCUGCGAUUGCGGUCGAAGUCGUGAGCAAGGGAGCAUUUGUCACGACGUUUCGUCUCAAGAAUAUUAAUAACUUUCCUUUUGUAUCGUGUGCUAGUUUCUUUUUGUUUUCUUUGUUCCUUUUGUGACGGAAAUUUUGUGAUUCGAAGUCAGAGUAGAGAUUGAUAACGUUCGUUACAUACGCUCUCGCGCACGAUAACGUCUUUUGCAACUUAACAGUUUGCCAAAUUUUACAAUUCUAUUACGCCAUUAGCGAUUUAUCGUUCUACUGCGAGCACCACUGCGAGUGCAAAUUGGCACGAGUCCAUCGAGAAACUUUUAUGACAGGAACUUUCGUAACGUCCGCGAGAUCUGAGACUUUUUAAUCGCCGGAGUAAGUUACGCUAACGAUUGUCCUGUAUGAUUCGGUAUGGAAGGUUUUGCGUGGAUUUCAACAUGUAAAAACAAGAAUAUAAAGGAAUAGAGCAACAAACAUUGUUGCAUAAUCAAUGAAAUUAAGAAGCAGAACUUUAUACAAAUGAAAUGCAUAUGUGCGUAUGGGACGAGGGGUAUAUAUGGUAAAUUCGCAAUUUCGAUUUACAUGUCUCCAAUUAAUAAUGCGUUUCCAGUAAAUGGGCGAGUUAUCCCGCGACGUAUAGCUACAUCGUCAUUAGGGAAACGUCAUUAGUACUGCGAUGCAUUCGGAAUCAUGUAUUUAUUAGGAUAAUGGAGGAACUGUGGAGCAAGUGACUACGAGAUGCCGAACGAAGAGAAAGGGAUGGAAAAUGUAACUGCGUCAGACAGCAACGAGAGAAACGCUUCGCGGUGCACGUGCAAGAGAGAGCAAAAUGGGAAAUACAAGAGCGCUCUAUAUCGUUCGGGUCAAUGGAAACAUAUGUCGGAAGACAAAGAUACCUUUUCGAUAUCAAACAAAUUUCAUUGGUUAACCAAAUAAAUCUGUCAUCGGUAAAUUACAAUUUGGAAGCGCAUGGAUGUUGUAUUUAUUAAUACAAUAUUAAUACUUGAAUAUUCAUGAACGCGUGUCUAUUGACAAAAUGAUAAUAUUAACUCUAACCCUUGUAUGCAACGAUAUAUUGCAAAUUAAAAUAAAUCUUUACUAAUGAUAAUUACUAAUGAUAACUAAAUGAUAAAAUAAUAUUAUCGUUUUUAUCGGCAGAAAAUAAUAAUAUUUAAGUUCUGCCUUUACUUUUGAUAGUUUGAAAGCACAUGAAAUGUAAUGUCUUGAAAUGUAAGUAAAGAUACAAAUAGCAGGCAUAACGAAAAUUUACGACAGAGAUGCGCAAUUCAUACAUUCACUUUCAUUAGAGACAUCUCUGAGAAAAACAGGUGCCGUUUUCGAAGCCAACAGUGAACGGAUUCAGAGAAAAAGACAAAUAAAAGGCAAAAGACAAAGUUACAUGAAACAUUGCGAUUCUUUUCAAGAGAUUCAUCGCACUUUAAGUUUGCAAAGAUUUCUAGAUUCUAAAAACAAGCCUUUCAAAAAAUCUGAAUUUCCCGCUCUGCAUUCUCUAGAAUUCUAAUGCCAAAUUUACUCAAGCUGCACAAAGCUCGAAACCUACAUAACUGUAAUGAUUUGCUAUAAUAAAUUAUAAUUGCCAUAAACAUCAUAGAAUGAAAAAUUAAAAUCGAUGAAUUAUGCGGAAGUUUUAGCUUUUCAUUGUGAAUUAUUGAUAGCACGUGCGUGCAAACAUUCGCCAUUCUUAUGAAUAAAAAUAAAAUCCGAAGUAGCCACAUUGAAAUCGGUGAACAUCAUGAUUGAAACAUGAAGAAGAAGCUGUGUGCUAGAUAAAAAGGUAUCGUCGAUUCGACAAGGAUAGAAGAGUCGCGAUCGAAGACAUCAAAGGGAGGGCGCCACCUCGCCGGCAACCCCGUUUCCAUCGGCUUUCUUGAAUCAUGAGCUAAUUUCUUCCCAGCGAUAUCUUUACGCUAAUAUUUCUUUUAAAUUCUCAAGUACAAGUAGCAAGAUCGACAAACAAAUACGACAUAUGCUAUGAUAUAUCAUUAAUAUCUCUUUAAAGUUUUUAAUCUUUUGAUAUCAUUAAAGAAUUAUCAAUGAAUGGUCAAUGAUCAAUGAUCCAUCAUUGUAUCGAUACAAAAAUAACAAUACUUGAACUUAUAAUUUCAAUUUGUUAAAUUUCACAAAUUUGUCAUUAAAUUUCCAUGUACACAAUGAUGUAAAGACACAUGUCAUUAAUAAAAAGAGUUGUACAUUUCAUUUGAUCUCAUUUGGUUUCACUAAUUAUCUCCGUUAAAAGAGGGAAUAUCACGUUAACGAGACAGACAAUUACCAUUCUUUUCGUGCACCAUUCUCGCACGCGUGCUCGCGUGAAGUCACGCAAUUUAAAUCUCGAGGAACUCCCUAUGGACCACAUAUCAUACACGUACUUAUUCACCUAACUGUAGAGGAGGAGAGGGAGGAAAACUUUAGGUCGCCUCCGCAAGCCUCAUUUGAAAUGCAAAUGCCGCAUUUUCGUCAGCUCAUUUACGAAUGUUAUAUAUUACCUGCUGGUUGGGCCAAUUCUUGAUGCAUAUCAGCGCGUGAUUAUCACGUCAGCAAAUGGUCAGCGAAUUGUGCCACCAGUGCACCACACUGAUGAGCUCAAUAAAUCGGAUGUAUCCACGACAACUCUUCGAUGUUUGCACCGCUCUUGUUAAUUACACCUACCUACCUACCUACCCUCCACUAUUGAAAAUCCGCAGAUAUGCAAAUGCAAUCUGUUCGCAAUCCUCGUGACGUCUACGAUUCCUCGUACAAAACGUAGAUAGCGACCUGGACGGCAGCCAGACACGUUUCGCGCGUAACUUCCGUUAAGUGCUCGAAAAUCAUCCGUAAUUAAUUCCACCAGCGAGAGGAUACAUAAAAGAAAGAAUCGAGUUCUCUGCGAUCGAGUACUCGCGGAAUCACGUACCCAAACAACCGAUAUCAAUGUCAACAAUAUUUCUCAUUUUGAUCUUAUAGCAUCCUGUGCUCGUAUCGGCGAAGAUAACAAAGUUAUCCUUGAAAAAUAUUACCUUCACCUUCUGCCGAGUGAUUUAGGCUACAACAACAAGCCAAAUAACAGUCAUAUAGCGCGAGCAAACAGACAAAAUUGCGGUUACAUCUGAUUUCGAUCGGCGCUUGAACAGUUCAAGGAGAACCAACAUCGACCUGGCAAGGUCGAGGUUACAUAGCGUGGCUGGGCAAGGGAAGAAAGGGUGGCACUCGUAGAAAGGACGUGAGAGUUAUAUGAAGAUACAUCGGAAGCAACGCAUCGCUAAUCCUUCGGAAAAUUUGUGCAACAUCGAUUCUACGCACGAUUACAACGAUGAUAAAAAUAACUAUGCAAAACGAAUUGAGCAGUGCAUUGCCCCAUAUAACAGGUUUUGAAAAAACCUACGUGCAUGAUCUUAUUUGGGAAAAAAUCGACAGAUGGUCAGACCACAUUGCCUUGAUGUGCUCAGUUACUGGUAAAUCAUAUACGUACAGUCAGUUGAGAACAGUAUGUGGUAAAUUAGCAACAAGUUUAAGGAAAAACAAUCUUCGACCUAGAGAUACUAUCGCCAUUGUUUUACCGAAUAUUCCGGAGCUUGCUAUCAUCGUAUUAGCGGCAAAUGAAGCCGGUUUAUGCACAACUCUAGUCAACCCUGCGUAUACAGAACACGAGAUAAGAAAGCAGUUGGUAAAUGCAGAUGUGCAAGCGGUUUUUACGUUUCCGGCCAAACUCGCUGAUAUCCAAGCGAGUAUUACAAACAAUUCCAAAAUAAAGCUACCUAUCAUUCUUGUAAACGAUACUGCUGCUGAUGCUGCCCCAAUCUCGGGAAUCAUUAAAUUCGACGAUCUCGUAUGCGAAGACAUCGAGGAAUUUUCAAUUAGUCAGGAAAUCGGUGUCGAUUAUGAAGAUACGGUGCUUCUGCUUUAUUCGAGCGGCACGACUGGUCUACCAAAAGGCGUUGAAUUAUCCCAUAAAAAUCUUGUUGCAAAUAUUUUGCAAUUCUCACAUCCGGUGGUGUUUCCCGGAAGGCCAACAACUAAGGACUAUCAGGAUAUUAUACCAGUGAUACUACCAAUGUUCCAUUCUUACGCGUUAAUAUAUAUUAUAUAUGGGUAUUUGCGGGCAGGUGCUAAGCUGGUGUGCAUGCCACGAUUCUCCGUGAACGAGUUCAUAAAACUACUCGAAAAUCAUCAGUUCACGAUGUUGCAUACUGUACCCCCAAUAAUACAAAUAAUGGUGAGCAACGAGCGAAUAAAACCACACCAUAUUGCACACGUUGAAGUAGUAAUAGUAGCAGCUGCGUCCAUCGGUAAAGAAACCAUCGCGAAAUUUCAAAAUCGCUUCAAAAAUACGAGACUCAUCCAAGGAUACGGCGCCUCGGAGCUAUCUCCGGUUGCUACAUGUGGUACUCUAGAUACGCCACCCUCAUCAUGUGGUUUCCUGAUCCCAAAUACGAAAAUAAGGAUCGUAGGAUAUGAGGACAAUAAUCUGGGUAAGAAUUUGCCUCCUCACAAUGUGGGAGAGAUAUACGUGCAGGGUCCUCAAGUGAUGAAGGGAUAUUACAAAAACCCUGAAGCCACGGCAAGCACCAUGGACGGGGACUGGUACAAGACCGGUGAUCUGGGAUAUUAUACCGAAGACAGCAUGCUGUACAUAACUGGACGAUUGAAAGAGAUAAUAAAGGUGAACGGUUAUCAAGUUGCCCCCGCCGAAUUGGAAGAAGUAAUACGCAAAUGCGAUAAAGUAAAGGAUGUAGCUGUUAUAGGAGUAGCAUAUGACAAAUCCGGAGAAGUCCCAAAGGCUUUCAUAGUUCCUGUGUCGAAAGAGAAUAUUAGCGAGGACGAAAUAAAAAAAUUUGUUGCUAAACGCGUAACCAAAUACAAGCAAUUAGGAUAUGUACAGUUCAUAACAAGCAUUCCCAAAAACGCGUCUGGAAAAAUUCUUCGAAGAGAGCUUGAAAAAUUGUAACAAGUUCUUUGAAUUGCGUGAUGCAGUUGGUCACAAGGGAAUGAUCAAAGGACACAUUCAAAUAUCGAUUCAUAUGCGUUAUGAUUAACACCAACAAAAAUUUUUAUUGUAACAAAAAAUGACUGUCAUUACAAGAUAAAUUUACUUGAUUAUUUA